AGUUUUACUUCAAUAUUAAUAAAUGAACAUUUCUAGCUGGCAGCUGCUGCAGGUUCUGUUUUGCAUUAUGAUUGUGUCAAACCAUUCACAGAUAUCAACCCGAGUUCUACAGCUUCUUCAGCAAGAGGACCAAAUUUGCAUCAUGCAAGACCGAUGGGGAAGCGCUUCCCACCAAGAUUUUUUCCAUUCUCAGGAUUCGAACUCGAAAUCUCUGGUCAAGAGUGGAGGGGUCAUAUCAAUCCUACCACAACUCUUCUACUUAUUAGUAAUAUCUUUGUGUUGGAAAUUCUGGAGGGCUGGGGGAGGAGUGCUCUCAAUCAAUCAUUUUCUUUUGAUGACUAGUGGAGAAUAAUAUUUUCACAUCUUUCGAUUUGGCUUGCAUGAUAUGGCCAUAGAGCCUAGAAUUUAUAAGACUUUUCUAGCAUGUAUCUAGUCUUCCUGCCGUCUCUCCUGUAGGCUACAACUAUUCGAAAACAUCAUUUUCACUUAGAUAAAAAUAUAAAUGAUAAACUCUAUGAAAAUAUGGCUGGGGAGGGAUGUUAAGAGAGUUUACGUAUGCUUAUAAGUUGGUCAAAUUAGGAGCUUAUAAACACUUUUUGACUGCUAAUGCCGGGCAAACAUUAAAAGUGCUUAUAAGUCAAAAUUGUUUUGAAGUCACUAACUAGUUACCCCAACUUUAAAUUGAACCAAGAUUUUUACUAAUUUAUCCCAAGUACUUCUGUAAUCUCCAAAAACACCCUCACCGAAACAAAACACUCGCUCUCCAUUUUACAGAGAGAAAAAAAACUAAUAAGCACUUUUUACGUACACAUUAAAUAUUUAUUAUCAGUUUCAGGGUUUCUAUUGUUUAUUUACAAAAUUAGCUUCAAUACCUAAAAGUGUUGUAGUACUUGUGUUUUAUCAGCUACUUUAAUUCAAUUAGCUAGGCCAAACAGGCUCUAAAAAGGGGUCUUCUUUAAACAAACACUGAUGACUAUGAUCUUUGCCGAGGAAUAAGCUUUUGGUAUUUCCUACACUCAUCACAACCAUAUUUUUGUUUCAAUGCAACAUGAAAAACUCAUAGUCAUUGUUUUGAUCACCCAGUAGAGCCAUUUUGAUCUGUUUUAUCCAGUGCAGGUGGUAAUAGAUAAUGGCAUAUUCCAACUAAGAUUGACAAAUCCAGGAGGAAAUAUCAUUGGUAUUCAAUAUAAUGGGAUUGAAAAUCUACUGGAGCUCAACAACCCAAGCUUGAAUGGAGGGUUCUGGGACUUAAAUUGGAGUGUACCUGGAACUGCUGGAACAAGAGGAAAAUUUGAUAACUAUUACGCAGGAUCGAAGGUAAUAGUUUUAAAGUUAUUAUGGAAACUGCAGAACAAAUAGAGCUCUCAUUUACAAGGACAUGGAAUCCUUCACUUCAGGGCGAGCAUUCCCCGUUAAACAUAGACAAAAGGUUCAUAGUUCUUCGGGAUUCGCCUGGUUUUUACUCUUACGCCAUUUAUGAACACAAAGAGGAUAUGCCAGAAUUCAACCUCAAUGAAGCCAGGAUAGCUUUCAUGCUGAGCAUAGAAAAGUUUCGGUACAUGGCUAUGGAAGAUGAUAGGCAAAGGCUAAUGCCUCUUCCUAAAGAUCGUGUACCUCCCAGAGGGAAGGAAUUAGCAUAUCCAGAAGCAGUCCUGCUAGUCGAUCCCGUGGAGCCAGAAUUUAAAGGAGAAGUUGAUGACAAGUAUCAGUAUUCGUGUGAGAACAAAGAUAACAAAGUCCAUGGCUUCAUUUGCUUAGACCCUCCAGUGGGAUUCUGGCAAAUUACUCCAAGCAAUGAGUUCAGAACUGGUGGACCUAUCAAACAGGAUCUUACUUCCCAUGUUAAUCCAACAACUCUGGCUAUGUUCGUGAGCACUCAUUAUGGAGGCGAGGAUUUCGUGAUUAAAUUUGGAUCAGGCGAACCAUGGAAGAAAGUUUUUGGACCUGUUUUUAUAUAUCUCAAUACUGUAUCGGACAAGAAUGAUGCACGUUCCCUUUGGGAUGACGCGAAGGAACGGAUGCACAGAGAAGUCGACUCUUGGCCUUACAGUUUCCCGAGUUCAGAAGAUUUUCCAAAAGCCGACCAACGGGGUAACAUCCAUGGUAGAUUAGUAGUCAGUGACAGGUAUAUAAGUAAGGAAUAUUUGUCUGCAAAGGGUGCUUUUGUCGGGCUAGCUCCACCUGGAGAUGCUGGAUCAUUUCAAAGAGAAUGCAAGGGCUACCAAUUCUGGACGAACUCGGAUGAUGAAGGUUAUUUCUCAAUCCAAAAUGUCCGUCCUGGGAACUAUAACCUCUAUGCUUGGGUAUCAGGCUUCAUUGGAGAUUACAGAUACGAAAAAUCCAUUGCAAUUACUGCAGCUUCUGAUGUUGAUACCGGUGAAAUUGUGUACGAGCCUCCGAGGAGUGGUCCUACAUUAUGGGAAAUCGGUAUUCCUGAUCGUUCUGCGGCAGAAUUCUACAUUCCUGAACCUAAUCCACAGUAUAUUAACAAAUUAUUCAUAAAUCAACCAACAAACAGGUUUAGGCAGUAUGGAUUAUGGGAGAGAUAUGCCGAUUUAUACCCAGAUCAAGAUUUGGUUUUUACAGUUGGAAGUAGUGACUAUAGAAAAGAUUGGUUCUAUGCUCAGGUGACGAGCAGAAAAAUUGGUGAUAACACAUAUAAACCUACAACGUGGAAAAUUAAAUUCAAUUUAGAUAGCAUUGAUCAGACUGGAAAUUACACACUGCGAAUUGCGCUCUCGUCUGCAACUUUCUCUAUAUUGGAGGUAAGGGUGAAUGAGGAAGAAGCAAAUCCACCACAUUUCUCCAGUGGAUUAAUAGGAAGUGAUAAUACAAUUGCCAGACAUGGAGUCCAUGGGCUGUAUUGGCUGUUCAGUGUGGAGGUAACUGCAAGACAACUCCUUCAAGGUGAGAAUAUCAUAUAUCUCAAACAAGAAAGGAGCUUCAGUGCUCUCCAUGGGAUUAUGUAUGACUAUAUUCGUCUGGAAGCUCCUCCUCUGUCCGCCAUGCAUUAUUAGUACUUUCAGUGGCGCGAACUUAGAGCAGGUUUUGCGGGUUCAACUAAACCUAUUACUUAUGUUGUAAGCUAUGUAUACAUAUGUAAAAAUGAAUAAAAUGUAUACAUAUAGUAAGAUCACACUCAUUUUGAACG